AAGUCUCCUCCGACGCCCGUGGUGUCCGGACGAAUGUUUUUCGAAUAUUUUCUCGUUUCCAUACCUCUCUGCUCCGGGUGGCAGGCCAUCGGGCGAUCUAUUCGCACGUGCUAAUGGCGAUCGAUGAAAAAUCGUAUAAACUCCGGUGCGCAUAAAACAUCGUAUUAAACACGCGUGUACACGUGUGCGCGUAGAGCACGUUUCCAUCGGUUCUGCGGGAAAUAUGACGACGCCGCCACGUUCGUGAUGUCCCACGGGACAUUCAAUGAUUAUUAGCGACGGAUCGAUCUUUGCUCGUCAACUUUUUCCGGGACCAUGCGAAUGUUCGGGAAAACGAAUGUUGAGGAGAAAAACGGCCAACCGUUGGUGACACCGGACAUGGACGGUCGUUUCUACCAAACGGUUACUGCCGUGCCGGCCGUUGUUUUAGAGGAGUGCCCCAAAUCAGCUGAAGUCAAAAGAAAAUUAAUUACUUGGGGCAGGAAAAUGGGAAAGCGGCUGGAGGUUUUAAGGAGAAGCGAGUCCCGGGAUUCUUUGGACAGCCUAUCAUCUAGGGACAGCGUAACUAAACAAGCCGUGUGGCCGCUAGGACAACCGUCAUCAUCCAAUGACAAAUCGUCAACUUUGAAAGGGUUUUUCACUCGCAUCGGGUCUACCGGCAUGCUGAGUUACUCGCGUUUGUAUAGCAACAGUUUCCGGGAGAAACUGCAACAGUCCAGAAAGCAAAUCGAUUGUCAGUUGUACAGAAGUGUGUCGACAUCACAUUUAGCUACGUCGUACAUGAAAGGCGACGACCCGGCCGACUGCCUGGAUCGAGGGGAGUCUCACUCGCACAAUACGGAUGACUCUAGCGAAAUUAAAUCCCCAACGGAACCCGGUUACGUGCCGCUGAAAACGCGAAGUUGCGACAAUAUAUCCAAAUUGGGGACGAAAAAACCAAAUUUCCCGUACGCGUUCCUUAGGUCCCGGUUAUCGGUGCUACCGGAAGAAAACGGUGGCAGUGUCAUAAGCCAUUUAGCGAGGGCCAGCGUGAAGCAGAGGAGUGGGCCCGCGCACCACGAGAUAGUCGUUACCGAAGAGUUAUUUAAAGAGAUGGACAAUGACAGGGAAUACCGACGUGUAUUUAGCAACCUGAGUUCAUCCAAUGAAUCAGGAUACGAUAGCGACGGGCCCAGAACGCUCGACACGUACCAUCAGAAGGCGGUCGACGAAGACAGUGGGUUUGGGGACACCAAAUCGCUGACCACCGACAGUCUGAACGAGUUUGAGGAGCACUUGGAGCCAUCACCUCCUAGACGCCACAGUGACAAGGACUACAACGUCCCAUCCAUGUGUCUGUUCUAUAAAAAAAACCGCGAGAUAAACGAUCGAAUACGAUCGGAUAGAACGUCGAAGGACACGCCUAAUUUCCACCGCCGAAUGUUCGUCAAAAACCGUUCACCGUCUAGCACACCAGACCUGUCUUCGUUGCCAGCUGACCUCAACACGCUGCGAUCCCGUAUGCAAAUAAUUCGUCUGCUGAAAUCUCGUUACGAAGACGACAUCGGUAUUUAUUUGAAAAUGGUCGUCAAACAAGUGGCAAACUACAAUAACGAAACUAGGUUCAUUGUAAUAAAACUAGAGCCAGGGAAAAUAGCGUACAGGGACGGAAGGAUUAGAGUAAACGAUGAGAUAAUCAACGUCAAUGGCAAAUUAUUACGUGGUAUUACCGACAUGUACGAUGUAGAGAAAAUACUGAAUCACAGUUUUUCGAUAGCUAACAAAUAUUACGUAGACAUCGUACUAUCUAGAUCCGAACACGUGGACUCGCUCAUCACUUAUGACCGCAGUUACAAUGCCGAAUCUAAACAAAAUGCCGUAUCAGUGAUUAAUCGAGUUUUAGCCAGCAAAAUGAAUAGUCAUUUGUCGAAAUCCCAAACUCCGAGCAUGAGUACCGUAUCCAUGGUUGUGACGUUCUAUAAGGGUUCUGGUCAUAAAUCAUUAGGUUUCAGUAUCGUAGGUGGCUCGGAUUCACCAAAAGGCGAAAUGGGUAUUUUCGUUAAAACUAUUUUCACUAGUGGCCAAGCCGCCGAAGACGGAUCUUUAACAGAAGGUGAUGAGAUAUUGUGUAUAAACGACGAAUCUGUCAACGGGAUGACGCAUGCACAAGCAAUAAACUGCUUCAAAAAAGUGCGCCAAGGUCCGUUGGAGAUAAAAAUAUGCCGAAGGAAAAUAAUUCCAGACACCUACAACGUCAACCACAGAUGCAAUAGUAUAACGACGGCUACUGCAACACAAACGUUUUAAAAAAUAACGACCGCAACUGACGUUGCACGUAAUCAUUGUAAUGGAUUUAUUGCGUCUAUUGUCAUGUAUCCACGUGACAAAUGUUAAUCGAAUAUUACAUUGUACAUAAAUACUAUAUACAUAUAUAUAUAUAUAUACAUAUUGUUUCUGAUA